AACCUGAAAGCUGAAAGCUCACAAUUGCUUCCUUCCAUCCAAACACCCCCCUCCCCCACGUUCUUAGCUUUUGUUCUUUUCCAAUUUCUCCACUUCGACCACGCCCCCUGACACUCUAACCCUCCCUUUCGCAUCUGGGAAAGGAGAUCCUAAAGUUGGGAGUGACUAGCUCUGGUCUGGGGGAAGGAAGGUUUGCACCUCAGUUAUCUGCUGUUUAUCUUCCUAGUGCUUGUUGACGGAAAAGCAGAGGCCCAAAGUGACUAAAUUCCGCUGGAGGCAAGACUCUUGGGAAAGUUAUGUCGGAACCAGACACUGAAGAAGAAGAUGAUGAGGAGGGGAAAGUGCUAUCUCUCGGGGAAUAUGAAGGAGAACGUAAUGAGGCAGGUGAACGUCAUGGACAUGGGAAAGCACUGUUGCCCAAUGGAGAUGUAUAUGAAGGACAAUACAAAAAUGGUAAAAGGCAUGGUCAGGGGACCUACACAUUUAAGAAUGGUUCUCGGUACAUUGGACAAUACAAAGAAAAUAAAAAACAUGGUCAAGGCACCUUUUUCUAUGCAGAUGGAUCUAAAUAUGAAGGAGAGUGGGUAGAUGACGAAAGGCAUGGCUAUGGAGUUUAUCAUUACCGAAAUAAUGAUACAUAUUCAGGAGAAUGGUUUGCUGGCAACAGGCAUGGGCAAGGAACUUAUUUCUAUGCUGAGACUGGCUCUAAGUUUUCUGGUUCUUGGAAAGAUGGACACCAACUGGGACUAGGAGAAUUAAUUCAUCAAAACCACAAAUUCCUGGGCAACUUUGUACAAAAUAAUCCAAUGGGCCCUGGCAAGUUUGUUUUUGAAAAUGGAUGUGAGCAGCAUGGUGAAUAUGCUAUUGACAAUCUGGGAUCAGAAGAAGAGGAAGUGGAAGACAUUUACAAACCUUCUGUUCCAGUAUGGAAAGCUAAAAAAAUUACUCCAUUAACACUCUGGAAACCACCUGUUCUUGAACCGCCAGUAUUAUCCAAACCAUCAACAGUACAAACAUCUGCAGAACAAGAUGAUUCAGACGAACGGUAAAAAAAAUACUACUCCAAAUUAAAAUUAACGGAGCAACAGAAAAGAAAACUGUGUGCCAGGUUUCUAACAUCAUAAUUAUCUUUUUUUAAUAUAGUUUGUUAAAUUGGUUUAGAUGUGCUAAUAAAUACUUCAAUAAUCA